CCUCGGCUCGGGCCUCCUCCCCAGUGGGGUGUGCGCCCCCAAAGCCACCAUGAGGAAGAUCCGUGCCAAUGCCAUCGCCAUCCUCACGGUCGCCUGGAUCCUGGGCACUUUCUACUACUUAUGGCAGGACAACAGAGCCCACUCCGCCUCCUCUUCCUCCUCGUCCUCCUCCUCCUCCUCCUCCUCCUCCGCAGCAGCAGCAUCUUCGGGGAGUCGGGGUGCGCCCAGGGCGGUGGUGGGGAGGCCGGAGCCGCUACGCGAAGUCCGCACCAUCCCGCUCAUUGUGACAGGAACGCCCUCCAGAGGCUUUGACGAGAAGGCCUACCUGGCAGCCAAGCUGCUGAAGCCUGGCGAGGACCCCUACAGGCAGCAUGCCUUCAAUCAGCUGGAGAGUGACAAGCUGAGCCCAGACCGGCCCAUCCGGGACACUCGCCACUACAGUUGCCCUUCAGUGUCCUACUCCUCGGACCUGCCGGCCACCAGUGUCAUCAUCACCUUCCACAAUGAGGCACGCUCCACCCUCCUGCGCACUGUGAAGAGUGUCCUGAACCGAACUCCGGCCAGCCUGAUUCAGGAGAUCAUUUUAGUGGAUGACUUCAGUUCAGACCCUGAAGACUGUCUGCUCCUCACCAGGAUCCCCAAAGUCAAGUGUCUGCGCAAUGACCGGCGGGAAGGGCUGAUCCGGUCUCGGGUUCGUGGGGCCGAUGUGGCCACAGCUGCCGUGCUCACCUUUCUGGAUAGUCACUGCGAAGUGAACACCGAGUGGCUGCAGCCUAUGCUGCAUCGGGUAAAGGAGGACCACACCCGUGUGGUGAGCCCCAUCAUUGAUGUCAUCAGUCUGGAUAACUUUGCUUAUCUUGCUGCCUCUGCUGACCUGCGAGGAGGUUUUGACUGGAGCCUGCAUUUCAAAUGGGAGCAGAUCCCUGUGGAUCAGAAGAUGGCACGGAACGACCCCACCCAGCCUAUUAGGACUCCUGUCAUCGCUGGAGGCAUCUUUGUGAUUGAUAAGUCCUGGUUUAACCACCUGGGGAAGUAUGAUGCCCUGAUGGACAUCUGGGGGGGAGAGAAUUUUGAACUCUCCUUCAGGGUGUGGAUGUGCGGUGGGAGCCUGGAGAUCCUGCCCUGCAGCCGGGUGGGCCAUGUCUUCAGGAAGCGGCAUCCCUACAACUUCCCUGAGGGGAACGCUCUGACCUACAUCAGGAACACCAAGCGAACUGCAGAGGUGUGGAUGGAUGAAUACAAGCAGUAUUACUACGAGGCCCGGCCGUCAGCCAUUGGAAAGGCCUUUGGCAGUGUGGCCACACGGAUCGAGCAUCGGAAGAAGUUGAACUGCAAAUCCUUCCGCUGGUACCUAGAAAAUGUCUACCCAGAGCUCAUCAUCCCCAGGAAGGAAGUGAUCCCCAACAUCCUUAAGCAGGGGGUGGAUUGCUUAGAAUUUCAAGGUGGCACAGAGGGCAACUUCCUGCUUGGAAUGGGGACCUGCUCUGGUUCUUCCAAGAACCCCCCAGCACACCAGGCGUGGCUAUUCAACGAGCAUAUCAUCCAGCAGCAAGGCAAGUGCCUCACGACCGCCUCCCUCGACCAGGCUGCUCCAGUCAUGCUGCAGAUGUGCGAUCCAAAGGAAAGCAAACAGAAAUGGCGACGGAAAGGCUCCUUCAUCCAGCACGCCAUCAGCGGCCUCUGCCUGGAGGUGAAGCCGGAGCAGCUCGUGAUCAGCAAGUGCCAGGCGGACGCCCCUGCCCAGCAGUGGCAGCUGUUGCCACACACCUGACGGUAGCCCCGGAGACCUCCUGUACCUUUUGCAUGAGACUUGGGGACCGGAAGGGGUUAGGGAGGGGGAGUGUAAAACGGGCCCUUUCCAUCUCCUCACAUUUCUGCCGGAAUCAUCAACCAACACCCCGCCAUGGAGUGAUUGUCCAAAGUCUGCCUGGCCCUGGGCUGGAAGGUCAGAUGCUCGACCACAGUGAGGCAGACACUGCGCCUUCGUCACCUGCUGGUUCCCCCAACCCCCAGGGAAACUGAGGCAGGAGGGUAGGGGCAGCUUGCAGGGCAGGUAGGGGAGAGAAUGAGGUGCCCCUGGCAGGUGCUGUAUGGAGUACAGGAAGGAUGGAAUUGGGCACUAAGGAUAGGUCAUUGGCAGCAGGACAUAAAGGGAAGAACAGCUAACCUCCCAAAGAAGAGGUCUCUUUCUGGGACCUUCUUUUGUGUCACACAGACCCAGCUCUGCAUGCCCUGCCCUGUCUCUGGUCCCCCAUGUUGUGAGCCCAAGGCUGCCUCAGGACACGGUUUAUUAAGCACCUCUGUUUGGCCAUGUGUCCGGCCAAGACCUUCUCCCUUGGACCUUAGUGACCAGCUGGUGACAGACCCCUGCCUCGGCCCACUGUCAGGAGGCGGCCACAGCCCCACUGAGAGGCCCUAUCCUCGUCCACAGUUUCCAUUCGUGCUACCCAACACCUCUGUGGAAACUGCACCGUAGGGUCAGGAGGCCCCUUUGAACCUCCCCAUGUCAUGGAGGGUUUCAUCCUCCUAUCCAAGUUUCACCCCUAGACCCCACGGCAGGAGGAGGCACUUGAGUUCUGUAUGACUGGGGGCUGGUGAGUGGCCCCUGUCACAUCCAUAGCUCUGUCACCUCUCUGGCCUCUGCCCCAACCCCGUAGCCUUAUCAUGGAACUGCUUCUGUGACGCAAACCCUACCCCUACUCCCUGUCAGGUCAUGUGGUACCAGAAUCCUGGGGAUUCCCCUUCCCAAAGCAAACCAGUCAGCAGUGGCCAUACCUGCCCAAGGAGACCUCAGGGCUCAUGGAGCAGGGCUGCUGAACCCCAAGGGAGUGUACAGAUUUUAGAAGGCCUCCAGUGGUACCCCCUUUCCCUGAUCCCAUCCCCAUAUUGCAUGUGUGUGCAUAGAUGCAUUUUCCUUGGAGAGAGGAGUUCACGGAUUUCCCCAGUUUCUCACAGAGGUUCCCUGACACCCUAGAAUAGACUCUAGAGGGUCUGAACCUCAACUUUGAGUGAAGCUGCCAGGACCCCUCCUUCCCCGCUGUGCCUAAACCAUCAUCUCUGCAACCUACAUGCAGUCUUUGGGGGCCAGGAAUCAAAUGUUUGUGGCCCACUGACCCUACCUGGAGAUUUCUGCCCCUCUGGGUCUCCCUGGUCCCAGUGCUCACCACCCCCAACCUGGGGUUCCUCAUGUAACCCCCUUGACCUUAUCCCCACCUCUGUGUGAUCUCUCAGCCAUGGCCACCUCCAGUGUGUGUGUCCAGCAGGCAGGUGGUGUCACUUUCUGGGGGAUACGAUGGAAUUUACUUGUUGAAUGUAAGAGGACAGGAACCGCACCCCCCCUUCCUGGCAGGCAGCCUAUGCUCAGCCUUUAUGCUGUGGCUCUCAGCCCUGUUCUGGUUUUGCUUUUCUUCUUCUUGACCAAAGCAUGUGCUACUCGCUGUCCCUGAGGACCUGUCUAUGAAAAUUCACCCGGAAUAAAACCACUUCUCUGUG